AUGAGCAAGGGGAAAACUGUUGAGGUGGACAUCAGUUAUUAUCCCAGAAAUGGAGAAGUCAAAAAAGAUGAUAAAGGGUACUAUUAUGAUAGUUCAAGUGGUGGAAAAGUUCUUGUGACGGAUGCGUGGUAUCCUGAUCCAGAUGGAACUUAUAUGAAACUCACGCAUACUCCUGAAAAUGCCAAGAUCCAGAACAUUUACCACAGUGGAAACCCCCUUUCCGGAAUCACUGAUUUAGGAACUCAUAAGAGCGUUUCAGUUUACUACUGGUCAUUGGAUGAGACUUUUGAAAACCCUCUCCUAAUUCAACUUGGGGAUGAAUACUACAUCUGGAGUAAGAGUGGUACAUGGACAAAUGAUCCAGGAGCAAGUAAUAAUCUACGAGGCUCACUUAAUAAACAGAACUGUGAAAGGAAUAAGGCUCACAUUGUAAAGAUCUCUGAGAGGGUUCGUUCUGGUGGUAGCACUACUUACGAGUGUCCAAGUGGUUGUGGAACAAGAAUUAAUCUAAAUAACUUUAGUGGAAGUGGUUUAACUUUCUGUACACAUUCUAUUAGUUCUGGUUCUUAUUAUGCACCAUCAUUCUCAGUCUCAGGGUUUAUAAAUGGUAAUAGUUGGCAAGCCGGACUUCCAUCUAUAAGGGAUUCCUCGUCCAUAACUGUAUAUUUUGAGUCAAAGAAUAAUAUCCCUAUCGUAAUUGACUACCAGAAAGGUGGGGAACAUUGGUUCAGAAGAAAUACCAAGGAUAACAAAACUUGGACUGCAGUUCCCAAGGAUCAAGCAUCAGGUGAUAAAACAGAAAAACUUCUAAACCAAAAUCCUUAUUACCUCCAAAUUACCUUAGAUCUCUCUAAUCCAUCUGGAACAUACUCUGAUAAUGGUGUAAGUAUAACUGUACGAAAUACUCCCAUAGGCGAUGACUAUUAUAUAUCCCGGCACUCCCUGUGUGGUGGUCUCUUUGAGCUAAAAGGAGUUACCCAUAACGAUGCUCCUCUUACAGAUAUAAAGUCUGGUGAAAAAUUGGAGAGUGUUUCUGCAUACUACUAUGGAACCGAUCUUAAGGUUGAUAGACUUCUCCGUGUUGAACUGAGAUCACAUAACGGAGACGUACACGGGCACUUUUACAAAUCACCUAAAGAUAAUGAAUCUAUGGUUCUCUCCAAAUCUUCUGAGUCAUCUAAUACAGGUAUUCUAGCUGGAACCUCUGUUGGAACUGGAUUAGGCGGAGCAGGGUUGGGUGCUCUUGCCGUAUGGAAGGGUCCUGCUCUAAUUGCAAAACUAAUAGCUCGCUUGUAA